AUGGCGGCCACCUCUGAAUAUUUGUUGGCCGCCUUAUCGAAACUUGAUUCAGCGAAUGAUGAUUCGGUUCGAAUCACUAAUACUUCACCAUCACCGGAGCGAACUUGCUCAAGUCCGCAUUCAGUGAGAAGUAUUCAUUCGUCGUCACCAUCUACCGAAGAGUCACUCGCCAAUGUACCAAUUUCGUUGGUUGUUUCAACGAAUAUCCCCGAAAAUUGUCAUUUUCAUGAUACAAACGAUUUAUCUCUAUCGAACGGCCAAACUGUGAAACGACGUCGUAAGCCAGAUGCAAAAAACAUCGUGAGGGUUGUGGAACAACUAACCGAUGAAGUAACGGUCGAUGAGAAGGGUGUGGAUGAUAGUGAGGAACAGGAACGAGGAUCACAUUCAUCGCCAUCCACGUCACUGACAAAUGCAAACUCGCAUCGUUUAGCGUUCAGUGCUGAAGCAUUAGCCUCAUCAACCACAAGCACCAGUUCAACACCAUUUGCCGCCUUAUCCUCUUUUGAACGAUGUCGUACAGCUACAGCUAGUAGUCAACCAGCACCUCAUUCUCCAAUCUCUACCGAAUCACCCCCAAAUACUCCACAUUCCAAAUCUCCUGCACCGUCGCAGACAUCAUCAACCAACUCAAACGAUUUUAUAACACCAACCAAAUUAUCAAUCACUGUACCUGCUGUAGCGACGUAUAGAAGUAAUCGUACAGAAGGAGGAAAAUUGGCUUGUCCGACACCAGGUUGUGAUGGAUCUGGUCAUCAAACGGGUCUUUACACACACCACAGAAGUCUCUCUGGAUGUCCACGGCGACCCGACAAGUCAACUAUACAAAUGCUAGCAUUGCAACAAGAUACGGUACUUCGUUGUACCACACCUGGUUGUACAGGUAAGGGUCAUGUGAAUAGUAAUCGUACUUCACAUCGAAGUUUAUCUGGCUGUCCGAUCGCAUAUCAACAAAAAUUAGCCCGCAAAGGGAUUCGUCACGCUGUACAACUUGCAUCUGUAACCGCAUCGGCUUCAUCGAGCCCAGAUGUUAGUGGUGCUCCUGGUCAUGCUCAUCUGCUCAAUAAUAAUACUAGUACUGCUGUCGAAGAAAGACCGCUUGAUCUCACACUCAAGAAUGCUGAACAACCUCUACAAAACAAGAAUAUUGACGUUCCGGAAGGUCCGCCUCCAGUGAAAAGGCCGCGGAAUAAAGUUGAAACAUUAUUGAAAACGCCCGCAAAUGCACCAAAUGCCACAACGGGUCUGAUUUUUUUUUUCAUCAUCCACACAAAACGUCUUUCAUUCACUUAUUUUUCUCUUCUGUUGAAAUUUGAGAACAUGCUGGUGAAGCCUCUUCUUGGUGCUCUUGGAGUGGUAUCGAAAGACGUGAAUUGGAUGCUUGAUGAAUCGAAGUUUUUUGCUGGUGGUGGAUUUCAUUUAGCACAACUACUGCUGGCUCAACUUCAAGCACAGCGAGAUGCUUCAUUGUUAUCGUAA